AUGCUCGGUAACAUACAAUCACUGAAAGUAAGCCUGAAGAAAACUGGGACAUUAUACCAAAAAAAAUUUAAGUUUUUGCAAAGAGAAUGUCAGUCCAGCAAACCAAGGCCGGUGCCUUUCGCGUUAAGAGAGAAAGUCAAAAAAGAGAUUGAUCGUUUAAUAGGAAAAGGAGUUCUGCAAGCGGUUGAAAAUAGUGAGUGGGCAACGCCUAUUGUACCAGUUCCGAAAUCGAACGGUCAAAUACGUUUAUGCGGAGAUUAUAAGGUAGAGUUAGAUGAUGAAUCAAAAUCGUUAAUCACGAUAACAACUCAUAAGGGUUUGUUUAGAAGUAAUCGUUUGGGUUUCGGAAUAGCAUCAGCGCCUGGUUUGUUCCAACGCGAAAUAGAAAAGAUCUUACAGAACUUGGACGCAAUAUUCUUCGAUGAUUUAGUUAUUACAAGAACUACCAGGGAAGAGCAUGAUCAAAAUGUAUGUGAAUGCGGUCGGCCCACCGAGGUUGAUUCGAAUGAUAUCAAGGUACUGGUUGAGCAAGACCGGACGCUAAAGGUGCGAGAGAUUGCGGAGACACUUAAAAUAGGUUAUGGAACCUACAUACAAAGGCAUUUGCAACAGCUUGGCUACGUGUCCCGCCUCGAUGUUUGGGUGCCGCACAAGCUGACCGAGGAGAACCUGGCCAACCGCAUAUCCAUCUGCAAUUCACUUCUGAAGCGGCACGAAAGCGACCCGUUUCUCAAACGAAUAGUGACUGGCGACGAAAAGUGGAUCAUCUAUGACAACAUAGUGCGCAAGAGAUCGUGGGGAACCGCUGGCGAGCCGCCGAAUGCCACCCCGAAGGCCGGCCUGCAUCCGAAGAAGAUUUUGCUAUCCAUAUGGUGGGAUCAUCGUGGUGUGCUGUUUUACGAGCUGCUUCCUCAGGGAAAAACGAUCGAUUCGAAGAUCUACUGCACGCAGCUAACGAAAUUGAAUCAAGCAUUGCGACAGAAACGUCCAGAACUGAUCAAUCGCAAAGGUGUCAUAUUCCACCAUGACAACGCCAGACCCCACACCGCAAUAAUCACUCAGCAAAAAUUAGUGCAACUUGGCUGGGAUGUUUUGCCUCACCCACCGUAUUCACCAGACCUUGCGCCAUCCGACUAUCACUUGUUCCGGUCCCUGCAAAACUCCCUCAACGGGAAAUCGUUCGCUGAUCAGACAGUUGUGAAAACGUACCUCGACCGGUUUUUCGCCUCUAAGCCGCAGACCUUCUAUGAGAGCGGAAUAAUGAAAUUGUUGGAAAGAUGGCAAGAGGUCAUCAACAAAAACGGAGAAUAUAUUAUUGAUCCU